CUCCGCCGCUCGUGCUGACGAUGGGAGACGUUCUCUGCGAAGAGCUCGAGGAUUUGGUUCAUUUCUCAGUGCACGACCUGCCGGCACGAGGCUAUGUCGUCAUGGAGGAGAUCCGACGUCAGGGGAAGCUUUGUGACGUCACACUUAAGGUCGGUGAUCACAAGUUCAGCGCUCACCGCAUCGUGCUUGCCGCCUCCAUCCCGUACUUUCACGCCAUGUUUACCAAUGACAUGGUGGAGUGUAAACAAGAUGAGAUCCUGAUGCAGGGGAUGGACCCCAGUGCCCUGGAGGCUCUGAUAAACUUUGCGUACAGCGGCCAUGUUGCCAUCGACCAGCAGAACGUUCAGUCUCUUCUGAUUGGCUCGAGUUUCCUGCAGCUACAGAAUGUUAAAGACGCCUGCUGCUCCUUCCUGCAGGACAGGUUACAUCCCAAGAACUGUCUCGGCGUGCGUCAGUUCGCAGAGACCAUGAUGUGUACGACGCUCUACGACUCUGCGAGCACCUUCCUGCACCAGCACUUUGUCGAUGUUUCUCUCUCUGAAGAAUUUCUGGGUCUGAGGACGGAGGAAGUUCUGGAGCUGGUCGGCUGCGACGAGCUUAACGUGGAAACUGAGGAACAGGUGUUUGAGGCGGUGCUGGCGUGGGUACAUCAUGAGCGCGUGCGGCGUGAGUCUCUGCUGCCGGAGCUUCUGUCAAAGAUCCGCCUCCCUCUGUGUCGUCCUCAGUUCCUGUCAGAUCGCGUCCAGCAGGACGAACUUGUGCGCUGCUGCCACAGAUGCAGAGAUCUAGUGGACGAAGCCAAAGACUUCCACCUGAUGCCAGAGCGCCGUCCUCACCUGCCCACCUUCAAAACCAGACAGAGGUGCUGCACAUCCAUCUCUGGACUCAUCUACGCGGUGGGCGGACUCAACAGCUCAGGUGACUCGUUAAAUGUGGUCGAAGUGUUGGAUCCAAUUGGGAACAUUUGGGAACGCUGUCAGCCAAUGAGGACAGCUCGCAGCAGAGUGGGCGUGGCUGUAGUUAAUGGGCUGCUGUACGCUAUUGGUGGGUAUGACGGCCAGUCACGUUUGAGCACAGUGGAGGUCUACAAUCCAGAGACAGACAGCUGGACGCGGGUAUCAAGUAUGAACAGCCAACGCAGCGCCAUGGGAACUGUCGUUGUUGAUGGACAUAUCUACGUCUGUGGCGGCUACGAUGGGAAGUCCUCUCUGAACUCAGUGGAGUGUUAUUCUCCAGAGAGUGACAGGUGGACAGUGGUGACAGAGAUGAGUGCGAGCCGCAGCGCCGCAGGUGUGACGGUGUUUGAUGGACGCAUCUUUGUGUCGGGCGGCCAUGAUGGUUUACAGAUCUUCAACACGGUGGAGUACUACAACCAUCACACCAACCGUUGGCACCCCGCGGCAGCGAUGCUGAACAAGCGCUGUCGUCAUGGUGCCGCGUUUCUUGGCAGUCACAUGUACGUGGCGGGAGGUUAUGACGGGUCCGGCUUCCUGAGCGGUGCCGAGGUGUUCAGCUCAGCCUCGGGGCAGUGGAGCCUCCUGGUGGCCAUGAACACGCGGCGCAGCAGGGUGUCGCUGGUGUCCACAUCGGGUCGUCUUUAUGCAGUGGGCGGAUACGAUGGACAGUCCAAUCUCAGCUCCGUGGAAAUGUACAACACCGACACCAACAGAUGGACGUUCAUGGCUCCCAUGGUCAGCCAUGAGGGCGGAGUCGGGGUUGGCUGCAUCCCGCUGCAGCCCGCAUAAACCAUUCAAUCAGAGGACCCAUUGGUUGCACCAUGUGUGGGGAGGCAGCACCCUCUGGUGGUGCUCACUGAGCUUAUUCGGUACGGUGGUCCGACUCAGGCUCACAUGCUGAUGUCAGGCCUGUGGGAUUAUGGGUAAAAAAUGUAGGCUUAGCCAUAAAAGGCUAGCUGCUGUUAGCAUUGUGCUUCUAGCAUUUAUGUUAAUUUUAUACUUGAUUGAAACGACCAAUAGGGAGUUAGUUCCUCUGCAAACAAAGCUGCUUACUGAACAGGAUGACGACUCACAUCCUUUUUCUGGGACCACGUUCACUGGACUUUUGUUUCUAAUCUGUAAUCAAAGAGUGUGAUCGAUUGAGUGAUUGAUUAACGGACAUUUGUGACAUCUGGUCCUGUCAGCGCCCCCAGCAGGCUGCAGAGCUUAUCACAGCCUAACGUGUCCUGAUGAUGGUGCUGCAGGAGACACUGGGGGGGACAAUGACAUCACAUGUGAGUUGUUCGUCAUAGAGAAAGUUUCUGUUUUUACGAUUCAUUCAGAGACACAGAGACAGUUACCAUGGUAACCUCUCUAGACAGGAAGUGAUGCCAGUGAAUUCAGCUGCUGUGAUGAUGUAAAACCCCAAGAUUAUUUAUUUCAUAACAACAUAAAUAAAGAUUUAACAUGAAACAUUCAA